AUGACCCAGCCCCCACACGCCGCCGCCGGGCCCUCCACCGCUGCUGCCGCCGCCGCUGCCUCAAAGCCCUCUGAAUCGCACCAGACACCGCUACAGAUCCUGCCCGCCAUGCUACACGCCGUCUUCUGCCAAACAGCCGACGUCUUCAACACCCCCCAGCGCCAGCAGCCCCGCGCCGUAAUCCACACAAACGCACAGCUCCGCACAUCAGUCUCCGCCUGCAACGAGCGCUUCCAAUAUGCGCUCGAUCUGCUAGAGAUGGAUAUCUUAAAAGCCAAAGCCACCCUCCGACGGGACCUCUCCGCCCUCCGCGCGGCCGAAGAAGCGCGCGAGGCCGAGGCCGCAAAGGAGCGCGAGCGCGAGCGCGCAAAGGCUGAAGCAGAGGCUGCAGCUGCAGCUGCAGCCGCGGCAGCAGUGGAGGCGAAGAAGCAGCAGCAGAUACAGCAGCAGCAGUUGCAGCAGCAGCAAUUACUACAGCAGCAGCAGCAGCAGUUACUACAGCAACAACAGCAACUACAGCAACAGCAAUUACAACAGCAGCAGUUACAGCAGCAGCAACAACAGCAGCAGCAACAGCAGCAGCAGCAGGAUAUAGUAAUGGCCGACACCCCCGCCGCGCCCGCCGCGCCGCCGGCACCGAUGCAGACGACGGCGGCCGCGCAGAACUUUGAUGACUUUUUGGCGAGCUUUCCGCCGCUGGAGGAUAGUGAUAUAUUUGCGGGCGAGUUUAAUGAUUUGUUUGGGUAUGGGGGCACUUAG